GGCUUGAAUGCCAUCCUUCAUCUGGACACCCGGGGUAGGUGGGUGAGCCUGACCUAAGAGGACGCCACCAUGUGCUCCGUAGCGGGACUGCCGUCACCUGGUUCAGAACUGACGUUGCUGGUAUCCAGGGUGAACGCCAGUCCUCUCUGUAAUAUGGUCGAAUUCUGGGGGAACUUCAGAAAGGACAAGAAGCACAUCUACGACCUGCUGCGAAGAGAGGUUCAGUGUUACGGAGAGAGAGAGAGAAGCCGAUUUCAAGAGAGAGAAGGAAACCAAGGAGAUCAAUGCUUGGUCCAGGUAUUCGACACAUGGUACAGAGCACGUGUAGUGUCGCGUACGUCAUCUGAUUACAGUGUGUUUCUGUUUGAUGAGGGCAGGACACUGAAUGUUAAAGCCAACACAUUAGCUUGGGGUGAUGACGAACAUUUUGUUUUACCUCCAGAGGUGGAGUUAUGCGUCCUUGCCAAUGUCUUACCGUUGUCUACGGACAAAUGGUCUCCAAUGGCCUUGGAAUUCCUGAGAUCCCUUUGUGGCAAGACCGUAAAUGCAUACGUCCAGGAUGUCUUUGCUUCUCAGCGUGCACAUGUUCUUGACAUCCCCAGUGUUUCGCGGCAAAUGUUGGAAAUGGGUUUUGCCAAGAAGCUGCCUCCAGAGAGGUUCAGAGAGUUUGUUGUGGCUUGUUUAAACCCUCCAGGCACUGACUCAUCCCCAAGCCCUGCUGCCAGACAAAUCAGCCCAACCCAGACAAGUGACAAAUUGUCACAACCCAGACAAGUGGAAAUGCCGCUAACAUACUUGUAUCCAGAGUUGCAAACUGAAAUGGUGGAAACAGUCACAGUGACAGAGGUCACAAACCCCUCACGGAUUUUUUGCCAGCUGAGAGUUUUCAGUCAAGAACUGAAGAAGUUGACAGACCAGAUCACCAAGCAUUAUGAGGACAGGAUAGCCACUGGUCCACCACCGAGAACAUUAGGAUCACCGUGUGCAGCUAGAGGACCAGAUGGCAAGUGGUAUCGAGGAGUCUUGCAGCAAGUCAUGGCGGCAACCAAUGUGGCAGAGGUGCUGUACGUGGAUAGUGGGAAGAAGCAUUUCACUCCACUUGACGGUGUAAGACAUCUGGCAGCAGAGUUUUUCAGAAUGCCCGUCGUAACCUACAUGUGCUCGCUCCUUGGAGUUGUUGACAAAGGAGUUGGGUGGACUGCUUCGCAGAUUGAUUUUCUGAAGUCCCUCUUGAUGAACAAGACACUGAUUGCCAAGUUUGAGUAUCAAAAUCUGUCAGAAGGUGUUCAUUAUGUCACCCUCUUUGGAGUUGGGAGCAAGAACCUCAACAAAGAAUUUGGUACACAUGCAGAGUGCCUCAUGGAAUCCGAGAAAAUUGGCGUGGACUUCAGCAUUAACAAGCAGCCAUCACAGAGACCCUCUCCAUCUCCCUGUGGUGAGGUACUUGACAGCAAAACAAGCAUGCCUGAGGAGAUUGUCUCUGUAAACUCAACACAAAAGGCAGUUGUGCAGUAUGUCAAAAAUCCGACUGAGUUUUGGGUGCACAUUCAGAAGCAUGCAGAGGAAUUUGACCAGCUUAUGAAUGAUAUGGAGCUGUACUACAAGUCAGAGGCAGCAGUGGGAUUCACACAAAAUCCACAAGUUGGUGUCUGGUGUGCAGCACUAUCAGAGGAUGGCACUUACUACAGAGCCAAAGUUCAAACAGUAAAUGGCAGACAAACUUCCAUCUUUUUCAUCGACUAUGGAAACACAGAGAUUGUGGAUAUUCAAAACCUACGUCAGCUGCCUUCCAAGUACCAGAUGUUACCACCUCUAGCAGUGAAAUGUUCUCUGACUGGGAUCAAACCUGAAUGCAAUGGCUGGAGUACAGACGCACUGAAUUUUUUCUCUGAUUCGGUCGUAGACAGACUUCUUGAUCUACACAUUGUUUCCAAGAUUGAGGACAAAUACACCGUCCAGCUGUCUGACCCAGACCGGAAAAAUGAGAAGGACAUCUCCAAUCUGUUGUGCAGUGCUGGGAUGGCUCUAAAAGCCACUGACCAAUGCAAAACCACCAAGGUGGUACCAUCAAGAAAUGCCACAUUGGUCCCAAAGGCAGGCAGGUCGGUCUUCAAGGAGUGCCUGUUCACAAUUGGAAGUUCAGUAGAAGUCACUGUGUGUCAUAUUGACAGUCCAAGUGACUUUUGGUGCCAGGUUGCGAGCAGUAGAGGACAUCUGACGUUGCUUAUGCAAGACAUUCAAAGACGAUACACAGGCAGUGAGUACCAGGAAUUCGAUGACACCGCUUGUGUCGCUCUGCAUCCUGAAAGGGGAAUGUGGUACAGAGCUUUGAUCAUCUACAGACAUCAGACCCCUCAUGUUGAUGUAGUCUUUGUUGACUAUGGACAAACCAGGAAAGUUCCUCUGCACGACCUGCGCCCCAUCAUGCCAUCCUUUUUGAAUUUGCGUGGUCAAGCAUUUCGAUGCAGCUUGUACAACCUUGUUCAGUCAUCAUCUAAGGUCUCUCAUGAAUGGGAUUCGAAUGCAAAACAUCUGUUCAAACAGUUUGUGGAUAAUGCGCAAGCCAUGCACAUUAUUCUGAAGUGCACCGUUUAUGCUGUGAUGUUUGACAAGCAGGGAGUGGUGUACAACGUAGUUGACUUGGAAACUCCAUUCCAGAGCGUGUGCAGCCAGCUCGUUCAGUCAGGACUGGCUGUACGCUGCCCACAGAAGAAGUCUGCUGUCCCAUUUCAUUUGAACACGUACUUCUACUCGACACACAAUAUCAAAAUGGGGUCUGAAGAGGAGCUGGUUGUCACUGCAGCCAAAGGUGUGAAUCAGUUUUACUGCCAGCUCAGUAGAGACUCUGAGGUGAUGCAAGACCUAACUGACAAAGUCAACGACCUUUGCAAGCAGCUGCAGUCUGUCCAGUGUCCAAUGAACUUUGGAACUGUCUGUUUUGCCAAAUACACAGAUGGCGAAUGGUACAGAGGGAAAAUAUUAUCCACCAACCCAUCCAUUAUGGUCCACUUUGUGGACUACGGAAACGCUGUCGAAGUUGACAAAUCAGACUUGCUUCCAGUCCCCAUUGAAGCUGGUGAUGUCAUGGCUAUACCUGUCCAAUCCAUUGAAUGUGGACUUUCUGAUGUCCCUGACGAUGUCCCAAGUGAGGUUGAUGCCUGGUUCAAUAAUUAUGUCGUCGACCACCUGCUGAAAGCAGUCAUUGUGGCAAAGGAACCAAAUGGGAAGUUAUUGGUUGAGCUAUAUGAUGGAAACACCCAAAUUAAUGGCUUGUUGAAACAAAAGUUUGCCUCAGAGCUGAGGAGAAAACCAGAGGCUGUCGUCGAACAAGAGACAAAAGCCACUGCGGAAAGGGAUUUUGCAAGGGUUCAGAAGGCACCAGCCGAUUAUGACUGGCGGAAGAGACCCAGUCAGGACGGUCAACGUGGAGAUGGUGAUGUAAAGCCCAAAACAAAGGUGCAGUUUUAUGAUGCAUGGCAAAAGCAACACACCGCCGCACCAAUCACGGAAAGAGGAGAUUCAUGGAGAAGUUCAACCAAGAUGGAGUCAAAAGUACCAGUCAGUGACUUCAGUGAACAUCCACUCAAUAGAGGAGAUUGCCAAAGCUUUGGCAAGCCUCAUUCAAGUGCACUGGCCAGCUACGAGCGCCAUGGACAGCUGAAAUCUGAUUCACACAACAAAGAAAAUGAAAAUGAAGAAACCUGGUUGGAAGAGGAAAAGGCUUCUACUGAUAAAUCUGAAAAGCAACACAUCACCCCACCAAUCAUGGAAAAACGAGAUUCAUGGAGAACUUCAACCAAGAUGGAGUCAAAAGUACCAGUCAGUAACUUCAGUGAACAUCCGCGCAAUAGAGGAGAUUGCCAAAGUUUUGGCAAGCCUCAUUCAAGUGCACCGGCCAGCCUCGAGCGCCAUGGACAGCUUAAAUCUGAUACACAAAACAAAGAAAAUGAAAAUGGAGAAACCUGGUUGGAAGAGGAAAAGCCUUCUACCGAUAAAGCUGUAUCUCGUCCCACAGAAUUCAAAGUAGGAUCUCGUAAACCUGAAAAACAUGAGACUCCAGCUGUACGAGCAUCCCAGAUUCUCCCAAAAUUAUCUGAUCUCCCAUCAAAGAUGAUCGCACCAGGGAUGGAGGUGGAAGUGUUUGUUUCACACUGGAACAAUCCAUCGAGUUUCUUUGUUCAGCUCGUCUCUGAUGAAGAUAGCAUUAACUCCCUAAUCUUUAAUGACCAAGAUACUACAUCAAUCUCCACAAAGGAUAUCCAGGAAGGAGCCUUGGUCAAAGCAGAGUUUGCAGAUGACCAGUCAUGGUACCGUGCUGUUGUAAAGGCUCACAUCGAUAGUGAUUCAUAUCAGGUGGAGUUCAUUGACUUUGGCAAUGGUGCCCAUGUGUCCUCCUCAAAAAUCUGCAGACUUGACCAGUCCUCCCUAGACCAUCCCAGAUUAAGUAUCCAGUGCUGUCUGCGUGGAUCCAUGAUCUCAGGGAGUGAGAAGUUUUCAGAUGCCCUCAAAACUGAGAUUGAUGAGAUCGAUGGAGCGUUAAAGUGUACAUUCAUUCAAGAAAGCAAAACUGGUUGGGAGGUGUCCUUGGUGGCAAAUGGCAAGAGGCUUGAAGAUCGCUUGCACACAACAACUUCAGCUAUAACGUCAGUUUUGCCAAUCGAAAAAAGAGAGAGUGCCGUUCAAGAUAAUGUGUUCCUCAAAGAUGCCAUUCCAGUUAUCAAUGCUGCUGUUUUGUACAAGAAGGCUGCCUUAUCUAAGGGACAAACUUUAGAUGUGUUUGCCUCCUCUAUAAGUGGACCUGAGGACUUUUGGUGUCAGUGCUCAGUAGCAGACAAACUACAGGAGCUUUCUGAACUUGCUCAACAUGCUGGUAAUGACGCCACACACAAGUCUUUGGACACUGUGUCCAUCCAAGCUGGGAAUGCUUGCUUGGCUCUCUUUUCUGAUGACGAACAGUGGUAUCGAGCUGAAAUUCUGUCAAAAGAAGGUGACUCCGUCUCUGUUCUCUUCAUUGACUACGGCAACGAAUCACAUGUCAACACUAGCAACACAAAAGCUCUCCCUAUGCAGCUACAAGAGAUUCCCCCUCAAUCAUUUUUGUGUCAGCUGGAUGGUUUUGACCCCUCUCGAGGUUCCUGGAAAGAGGAUGCAGCUGACCAGUUUUUGGAGCUAGUAGAUGAUAAACCUCUGAAAUUGACCAUUCUGCAACCCAUUGAACUGGAAAAUGGGAAGGUGUCAUACAUGGUCAGGGUUGAAUGUGAAGGCCAAAUUCUCAAUGAGUUAAUGAAGGAGUACUGGUGUUCAUCUGCUAGUGGCGGGUCUAUUGAAACCAGAGAUCCCACUUCACCUGACCCAGAAGCUGAUAUUCCCUCUCACCCUCUUACCUCUGAGUUGAAGUGUGUACCUGUCUCUGAAGAACUUGCUUGUAGAGUGGAGGAUUUGUCACACAACACCUCCGAUGGCCUAGUACCUGCACCAGAAGCCCAGAGAAAUGUGCACACAUUCCCAGUAACAUUGGAUGAGAAUGCUAACGUCACUGUGCUGCCAGUCAUUGAAUCUCCCUGCAUUGAAGAAGGGCCUGAGCAAGAAUCUGUGGACACCUCCAACCAAGAAGAGUCAGUCAGGUCUCUCACACAAUCUGCUGCUUACCCUCUGGCUAAAGCGUUUGUCCAAGAACUCAUCAGUGAUGCUGUUAAUUGCUCAGUGCAAAGCUCUGUUCAGGAUGAUUCAGAAAGACCUCCAAUGAGCACUGCAUCCAUUAUACAGCAGGACUUGAACCAAGCCACUGAAAUACUUUGCAUUGACAAAAGCAGUGAGGAGACUUCCACUUUGCCAGGGAUAGAAGGAGAUGGUGAAGAAAGAAGCAACCGUGCAUGUGGAGACAGACUUGUACAGGCAGAUGAGACAACUCCAGCAACUGACGACGAGAAAACUCCUGAAGCUAGCGGAAGUGCUCUUGAAGAGGAUGCUGCUGUUGGUGUUGUAGAGUCUGAUCUUGGCAAGCUGCAAAGAGCUGUUGGUGUUCAGGUUGGAGCAGAGUGCAUCAUCCGAUCCCAAGCCACCCAGACCUGGUGCCGUGCAAGUGUACUGAACAUUUCCAAAGAGACUGUCUUGGUGGUGUUGCAAGACCAGGACUCUCAGGUGACGGUCGAUCCUCAAAGCGUCUUUGAAGUCGUUGAAGAGGGACAGACGGAGAAUUCGACUGUACACACGGAUGCUGCCCACUCGGAUAAUCUUACCCAAGCUCUGGCCAAAAACUGCGACCAUACCAGUUAUGCAGUGGAUCUCCCACUCCCUGAAGAACAGCCGGAGGAGUUUGACAGCUCUUUGGAAAUGUCAGGCAGCGUGGACCCUGUCGCACUUGAAGAUGACGCCCCAAACGAUGUUGCUGCCUUUGACCUGCAGCAAACGGCUGAGGAGGCGGAGGAGACCCAGAGCUGCGCGGGAACGGCAUCCGAAGUGGAUCCCGUAGCUGUGGAAGACGCCUCAGACGAGGAACAUAAGAUCACUGAGCAUCCCACUUCGAUUGCUGUGGACACCAAUGCGUCUGAGGCACAUUCAGUACCCUCCUCCCAACCAGAGGUGGUGUUGCAGGACCAGGACUCUCAGGUGAUGGCCGAUCCUCAAAACGUCUUUGAAGACGGACAGACGGAGAGUUCAACUGUAUGCACGGAUGCUGCCCUGUCAGCUGAUCUUCCCCAAGAGUGUCCCACUUCGAUUGCUGUGGACCCCAAUUCCUCUGAGGCUCAUUCAGCACCGUCAUUCCAACCAGUGGUGGUGUUGCUAGACCUGGACUCUCAGGUGACAGUCGAUCCUCAAAGCGUCUUUGAAGUCGUUGAAGAGGGACAGACAGAGGUGGUGUUGCUAGACCAGGACUCUCAGGUGACGGUCAAUCCUCAAAGCGUCUUUGAAGUUGUUGAAGACGUACAGACGGAGAGUUCGACUGUACACACGGAUGCUGCCCUGUCGGCUGAUCUUCCCCAAGCUCUGGGCAAAGACUGCGAUCAUACCAGUUAUGCAGUGGAUCUCCCUCUCCCUGAAGAACAGCCGGAGGAGUUUGACAGCUCUUUGGAAAUGCCAGGCAACGUGGAACUUGUUGCACUUGAAGAUGACGCCCCAAACGAUGUUCCUGCCACUGACCAGCAGCAAACAGCUGAGGAGGCGGAGGAGACCCAGAGCUCCGUGGGAACGGCAUCUGAAGUGGAUCCUGUAGCUGUGGAAGACACCUCACACGAGGAACAUAAGAUCACUGAGCAUCCCACUUCGAUUGCUGUGGACCCCAAUGCGUCUGAGGCUCAUUCAGUACUGUUAUUCCAACCAGAGGACCUGUUGGGUGAUCUCCAGACUGAUGCGGGUGUUGACAAUUUUGUUUCACUGCUAGUGUCACAAGCUGCUGUAUUAUUGAGUAAUGAGCUGGAUUCUGAUGACGUGGAGGAUGCAACGGAUCUACCUGCCACUGAAGAAGAGGUGGAGGAGACCCAGAAGGCAGGCGCAGGGGAAACGGUAGCUGUGGAAGAGGAGCCCAAGACAACUGAACUUGACAAAGAAUCCUCUGAUACCAAGGACACAGUUGAUCAUCUUUGCGGUGUCACAGGCACACUACGUGAGAUGGCUCUCGUCACCGGUGAAGACACCUCAGAAAAGCAGGAGCCUGACAUGUCUGAGGACCACAGCCCGACUGCAGUAGAUCUGAAAGCUGUGGCCUGGCUUGAACUUCUAGACUUCUCUCCAAAGCACAAGAUGGAAGCGGGGAGAGAGCGGUUGGAAUAUGGACGAGAGAGAGGGGACGUGAAUCUGAUUGAUCUGACCUCUGACACGGAAGACUCCGACACAGGCUCUGAGGACACGGUGAAAGAUGCCAAUGAAGACAAGACCUUGAUGGAGGACAUCAGCCAGUCAAUGGAGGAUCUCCUGAGUCGAGUGACCCAUCUCAGCCUACGGACAGAGAUGCCAUCAGAUGAUUAUGAUGAUCAGUGAUUCAGUGAUUUUUGUUUUUUCAUUCGUUUUGUGAUUCUCAAUAGUCAAUCAAGUACUAGGUUUGUUUUUUGGAAUAUCUGGAAUGUUUUUUUUUUGCAAUCUGGAAGUGUGACACAACAGUUUCUGUUUUCAUCUUUUUGAUACUAAUUUUGAGCCAAAGCUCAUUUGUUCUUUUGUCAGGAAAUAAAGAUGUUUAGUUUGAAAAGAAAUAAAUAAGCAUGUUGAUGUUC